UUAAUGUACGGAGAACACAUUUCAUAGACGGACCAAAGCGCGACGACGUUGUAGUUAUUUUUUAUGUUCUUUUCAAGAAAUGGUGACUUAAAUGUAUGGAGGUUAUACUAAUUUUAAAAAAUGUCGAGAAAAAACCCGUCCGAGGGCUCUGACCGCUUUGAAUAUUUACAAACUCUGGUCACUGAAUUUCAGGACACUGACAGUGAUGAGGCUAAAGAACAGGUUCUGGCUAACCUGGCCAAUUUUGCCUAUGACCCAAAGAACAUGGAGUUUCUGAGGGAACUACAAGUUUUUGACCUUUUUCUGGACAUGCUUACUGAGGACAAUGACAACUUUGUGGAAUUUGGAAUGGGAGGGCUGUGUAACCUCAGUGUGGACCCGGAAUGCAGACACCUCAUCCUGCAGAGCAAAGGGAUCGCCUUAGUUAUAAACUGUUUGUCCAGCCACAGGGAAGAAACCGUCCUGUCAGCCAUCACUACCCUCAUGAACCUCAUGACACCCUCUUCAUUCUCUGAACUCACUGAUCCGGCCAUACUGCAGUGCAUGCUGCGAUUUUCCCUCUCAGAAAGUCCUCGCCUGCGCAACCUGGCUAAGGUGUUUUUGCAGGACUGCUGCACUGAGGAACAGGUGGCCACGGCAGAGCAGCAGAUGCAGGGGCAACAUCAGACAGCACUGGGGAUCCCACUGCCCAAGGACUAACAGGUUUCAACACAACUAAAGAGUAUUUUUGUUUUGUGGAACAUUUUCUUGUAGUCUAAGGUGAUAGUUUGGGAAUGUGGCUGCAAAAUAUGCAGGUUUCACAAAAUAUGAAAACAAAAAUAUAAAAGGAUUACCUUUUCACCAAACAACAAAUCGACAUACCAGUGAGACAGAGCCAUCUUGCAGGUACUGGUGGUUCUAUUUUUUCUGUCAGAUCUUGCGCUAAAGUGUUGUGCUUUUUCUUACCACAUGAGGGAGGCUUUUAAAAUACUGCUGCCUUCAGAUAUUGACAAUAUGAAGAAUUCCCAGUCCAGUUGCUUAUUUAUGUAGCAAAAUGACAACAAAUGCUUUACCUUGUAACUCACCAAAUUAAAAGGGCAUGAGAGUAAACAUUAAAAUCUCACAAGGUCCAAAAAGCAACAGUGUUUUUCUUGUGUACUAUUCCACCUGCUGGAUGAAUGGUGGAUUAGGAACAGGUGUGUUGUCAAUGAGAGACAAUCAGAGAUGUAAACCGUCAAUUUCUGAUUGUUUCACAGUCCUCCUGAUUUAAAAAAAAACAAACAAGUCUAACUCCA